ACGUAUAUUAAUUGUGUGUCUGACAACAUGGCGGAAGGCGGUGCAGCGAGGCACGUCCAUGGUCAACUUGACGUCGCAGAUUUCAAGGAUACCUUCUUGGAAUGCCCUGUUUGCGUUGAACACUUCAACCAGACAGGCCGACGUCCCCGUCUUCUCAAUUCCUGUCUACAUGCGUUCUGUACAUCUUGUCUGCAGACCCUGCUUUCAAAAGAGGGGGGGAGCAAAAUCACAUGUCCAUUGUGUCGACACGUUCAAGCCGUCAAAGGAAAUGCUAACACCUUGCCGAUUGAUCCAGUGAGGGAUAAACUGACAGAAUAUCUACAGAUCAAGCUUGAAAAGAAAACCCUUUGCACGGAUUGUCCAGAUGGAAAUGAAGCUGAAUUUAGAUGUCAGGAAUGCUUGUCUUUCAUCUGUACAGCAUGUCUUUCGGCACAUAGACGUCACCGCUUGACCAAGAACCAUAAAGUCAUCACUUUAGAUGAAUUAUUAAGAGAUCCCCAGGCACACUUUCAGAGAGGUCACUUCUGUCAAAGUCACCCAACUCAUCAGAUUGAGUUCUACUGCAACACUGAUGAGCAUCUCUGCUGUGUGUCUUGCUGCAUUGUGGAUCAUAAAGACCAUGAUAUCAAGAAACUUGAAAAUGCAGCAGAAGCUAAAAGAGGUCAGAUCGAAAGAAACCUUCAGCUUAUUUCAAAGACGUCAGUGUCAACAAAACAAGCACUACAAAAAGGCGCUGAACAGAAGCGGACUAUACUCGACAUUACAAAACAGAGUGAAGACGACAUAAACACCAUAUACAAUAGCUUGAAGGAUGCAUUGGAAUAUCACAGAAAACGACAAUUAGCAAAUCUUCAAGAGGAAAGACAGCAGGCAUUGACCAGCGUACAAACUAGAACAAAAGCUCAAGAACAGACCAUCGCUAUGAUUGAAACAACACAGGGAUAUUUCACAAAAUGGAAGGAGUCUGCAGAUGCUGUCGAGAUGAUACAGAUGUAUCCUACGAUAAUGAGGAGUCUGGAGGGGAUCAGGGAAGUUCCUGAUCAAGAUAUUGAGUACACAAAACUCAGAUUUAAAGCCGACGUACCCGCUUUAAAUAAAUGUCUAUCGGGAUUUGUAGAUAGUGCAAUCUUUGAAGCUAUGACUAAAAGCCGGGCACGAACUGAAGGAUGGACAGCAUUGGUGAAAAAGAUUGCUCGAUAAGGUCACAUGCCAGUGUCACAAGCAGAGCCUAAAGCUAAGGCCACUAUAUUUUGAUUCUAUGAUUUAUGUCCAGUGGUUUUGGUCAGUCGAAACAAUAAUCAAAAAUCAAAAAUAAAUAAAAUAAAUAAUUUGUGUGGCUGAAUAAAAGUGCAGAGAUUUUGCAUUUUUACAAUAACACGUAUAUGUAGUUACUUUUGUGAAGGCUUAUGAAGUUAAAUAAUAAUAAAUGUAUUUUGCUUUGAUUUUGUUUUUCAUCGUGACUGUUUCCAGCUGUUGGUGGAAUCCGUAAGCAAACAAUAAGAAAGUGUCACUAUUAGUCUUUCACAGGUAUCAGUGUUGUAAAUAUAAACAGCAAAACUCUGAUAUUUUGUUGGUCAAACCUUUAGGAGCCUAUUCACCACUUUUAUGUGCCUAUUCACUACUAUUAUGUGCCUAUUCACCACUAAUAUGUUCCUGUUCUCCACGAAUAUGUGCCUAUUCACCACUAGUAUCUGCCUAUUCACCACUAACAUCUGCCUAUUCAUCACUAGUGUCUGCCUAUUCACCACUAGUAUCUGCCUAUUCACCACUAGUAUCUGCCUAUUUACCACUAGUAUCUGCCUUUUCACCACUAGUAUCUGCCUAUUCACCACUAGUAUCUGCCUAUUCACCGCUAUUAUCUGCCUAUUCACCACUAUUAUCUGCCUAUUCACCACUAGUAUCUGCCUAUUCACCACUAGUAUCUGCCUAUUCACCACUAGUAUCUGCCUAUUCACCACUUGUAUCUGCCUAUUCACCGCUAGUAUCUGCCUAUUCACCGCUAUUAUCUGCCUAUUCACCACUAUUAUCUGCCUAUUCACCACUAGUAUCUGCCUAUUCACCACUAGUAUCUGCCUAUUUACCACUAGUAUCUGCCUAUUCACCACUUUUUUGCCUUUUACGCCUUAUGGAAUCUGUUGCGGCAGAUAAUCGAGACUGAUAAUUCUCUGGCGUUGAUGUUGUAUGUUUAGCCUACAUGUUUUAAGUUCUCGUUGAAUAGGGUUAAAUGUUCUAUUUCAGUUAUUGAAUAACAAUAACUGUACACAAUACAAUGAUACACACCAUGUGUACACACCAACGAUACAUUAAUGCGGACACCGUGCGUCGACGAUUGACGAGCAGACACUUCCACUGUCACAGGCCACACCGAGGACCCAUUCUGACACCACGUCAUCGCCGGGACCGUCUUCAGUGGGCAACACAGCACCAGC